AUGAUUGAGAAUAUAGAAAAUGAAUUAACUUUAAAUGCAGACAGCAUAUUAUACAAAGCAUUAUUUGCCUUGAAAAGACUAACAAGACAGAGAAUAUCUGGAUUUGAAAUAAGUCUAUUUAUUGAUGAAUUGAAGAAAGUUGAUAAUCUAAACUUAAAAUUAUCAGCAUUGUUUAUACUGGCAUUAUCAAAACUAAAUAAAAAAAAGAAGAAGUAUUUAUUAGAAGAUUGUGCCAAGUUUUUUAAAGUAAUGUCAGGUCAUGUAAAAACAUCACAUACAAGGAGAAUACUAACUAAAGCAGAUGAUGUGCAUACAUCUAACAGUGUAAUUGAUGAUAUUGAUGCAGAAACAAUAAAAGGAGCAACUAAAUCUUUAAGUGAAUUAAAUUUACAAUCAGAUUGUGAUAAUUUAAUAGAUUUUGGAUUAGAUGAACCUGAAAUGGUUAGAGAAACAUCAAUAAUUCAUUCAGAUGCAUUUAUCGGUUCUGAUUUAUCAAUGAUAAAAGAUCAAAUUUCAUUUAAAGAAGAUUCAAAUAAAGAAAGCUCAUUACAGAUUAAUAAGACAAAAAAAAGAAAAAUAAUUGAAGACAAAGUAACUGAAUUUACUCCAACAGAUUACACUAACAUUAACAGAACAAAAUAUAAGUCAAAUGAAGAUAGUAUGUUCAGUUAUCCUAACUUAAUUCACAUUUCCAAAGAUAUUGAAGAAUUUCUAAAACAGGAAAUAAAAAAUAAUAUCGAAUUAAAUAAGAGCAUAGAACAAGAGAGAUUUCAAGUAACUAUUGAAGAACCAAAUUUUGAAGGAACAUUUAAUAACUUCAUACCAGAAAUAUCAAGCACCUCUUUUAUAGAUUUUAAUGAAUUUGGACAAGAAUUUAAUUUCAAUGAAAUGAUUGCUAAUAAAAGUCAAAAUGAAAAGGCUAAUGCAUUUUAUGAGUUACUAACAAGAUGUUUUAAAGGACAAUUAAAUGUAAAACAAACAGAAUCAUUUGGACCAAUUUUGUGUAAACAAAAAUAA